AUCUCACAUUAGUUCUCGAAAAUUGGAAAAAAAAAAAUGGUUGCAUACGUCAAGAACAGCUUUUUAUUGGCUCCUAUAGUAGUUUUACUUCUUUUUGUUGUCUCAUCAUAUGCAAAAAUUAGUACGAAAGUUACAACAAGUGAAAUCAGGGGCAUUUGCACACACAAAGAUGUCAAUGCGUCAUUUUGCUAUGAGUUCAUGAAAUCAUCCCCUCAAAUUGCAACAUUGGAUAUUUCUGAUCUCGCCAAAUUUUUGAUCAAUUAUGAUUUUCAAAAAACCUUAGAUCUGAUGAAGCAUUUCCAGUCACUCACAAACAGCACAACCGAUCGCAGUUCUAAGGAUUCUUAUAAGAUAUGUUCAGAUCUUUUUAGCCUUGGUAUCCAUUCGCUUGAAAUCGCUUUUAAAGCUUUGACAACCAAUGACUAUGACACCUUAAACAGGACUGUUGGUAAUAUGUCUGACUAUGCGGAGGACUGUGGAAGCGAGCUGUCAAGUGUUAUCAAGCCUAUUCCACAGCUCUUAAAAGGGGUUUCUAUUGUCCAAAAUGUAUCUGACAUUUUUCUUGUAAUUUUGGAAUGUUUUCUAAGAAAAGAAAAAACUUUAUGUUAAAAA